UCAGCCUGUAUUCUACAGCGUCAGCCCUCUCAGCUGUAGGCCCGGUCGUUCCAAUAGCAGCAGGACAAUCAGCGGAUAGAUUUCACAGAACUUCUCCGAAGAGUCAUUAACAUUUUGGACCCUUGGGUCACCGUUGCACCAACCCAAAGUGUACGCACAAUGAUACCUUCUCGCAUCGCCUAUGCGCUCCGGCCCAACUUCCACAACGCCAUCUUCUCUCGUCCGCCGGCAAAGCUCCGUCCUACAGCCUGGUUGGAUGGUCUACGUGGUGUUGCGGCAUUUAUGGUUGUCGUACAUCACUGGGCGGAUUGUUCCCAUCCAACAGCGAGUCAUGGCUUUGGACAUAUUGAUGAUCCCUUUGUGGAUAGAGAAUGGAUCAAACUACCCAUUAUCCGACUUCUCUUCAACUCGGGCCACGCAAACGUCGCUCUCUUCUUUUUGAUUUCAGGAUUUGUGCUGAGUUACAAGCCCAUCGAGCUCAUUCACAAGCGUAAAUUCGACGCCCUGCAUGCAAACCUUUCGUCUACUCUGCUGAGGCGACCUGCAAGACUUUGCCUCCCUGCAUUUGUCAUCACUUUUUUCGUGUGUCUUAUUGUGCGGCUGCCAAUACAUAACAGCACAGGCCUCUUUACGUACUACAUUCCGCCAAAACCAACGUUGCUCGCACAGCUCUGGGACUGGUUCACUGAUCUGCCAACCUUGCCAGAUGCGUUCACCUGGGACAUGAUUGUUUGGCUCAAAUAUCACGCUCAUUCUUGGACACUCAAUGUUGAAUUGCAUGGUUCGCUCUGGGCAAUCAUGGUGUUGCUGGCUACAUCGCGACUCAAUGUAGCGCCUCGCAUGAUUCUCAUCUCUCUAUGGUGCAUCUACUGCCUCACGCAAAUCAAGUACUUCCCGUUCCUCUUUUGUGCAGGCAUCUUGCUGGCUGAAGCAUGCCACAUAAUGGGCCCGCCUCGUGAUUUCCAGAAGCAGGCUUCCAAGGAUCUCGAGACGAGUGCCUUGGGCUUUGAUAGGGAGGAUCAACUGAGUUGGCACGAUAUUGGUCCGCUUGAGACCAUCACUUACUACUUCAAUCUGCUUGUUGGUUUGUUCCUGGUUUCUGCGCCAAAUCACUCCCCUCAAAACAAGGCAUACUGGUGGUCUGACAUUUGGAUCCGUAUGCCCAUCUUUACUGGACUUGAGAACACGGAUCGCGACAAGCAAAGGACACUCAUCUCAAUUGGUGCCUUUUUGAUUGUUUCCAGUAUCUUUCGACUCCGCAAUAUUCAGCGGCUGUUUGAGAAUGGAUUCUGCCAGUAUCUCGGUCGUCUCUCCUUCUCCAUCUACCUCAUUCACGGACCCUUCCUCUACACCUUUGGACAAUCCUUCAUUGUUGCCAUGUGGACAGUCUUUGGCGUUGGCAACUUUGCAGAGGGUCGGUUCAGUGAUGAACGGACGGCACACUGGGCUACGUAUGAGGUUGCGACGUUCCUGGGAUUGAUGAUUCAGAUGCCGUUUAUCCUCUGGCUAUCUGAUAUCUUUGAGCGGCUGGUGGAUGAGCCGUGCAUGCGAUUGACGAAACAGUGGGCCGAUCACUUCACCAUCAAGGAAGAGAGUGACCGUCGAUAGUUUCUAGGUGCGUAGAGUGUAGCACAUAAUAGCUGUGUAUGUGACUGUGGUUCUGCGGCUUCGGGAGCGGCGCGGGAUGAAGUAGCAGUCACAAAUUGGCUGAAAUGAUGCGCCACCAGAUUUGAC